AUGAUACUUUUUCUACUUAUUAUUUGUGGAAUAUCACUAAAUUUUUCGCAGUGUGAUAUUAUUGGAGAACCACGAAUUCGAUGUGCUCCUACUGGAAUCACUGUUACUAUAGAAACGGACAGUCCAUUCAAAGGCGCUCUGUUCUUGAGAGGCUCCGCAGACAAACGGUCAUGUAAAGCGGAUUUUUCAGCUCAGCCAAGUCAGAAUAUAAGUUUUGAGUUUGGUUUCGAUGAUUGCCCAAGUAGGAGGAAGAGACAGAUUGUGGCUCCGCGUGGUAUGACAAUGUCCUCUGUGCUGGUCGUCUCAUAUCAUGGAUCCAUUAUUACCCAUCGGGAUAUCGCAUAUCAAAUCGAUUGUUUCUAUCGAGAAGAGAACAGUAAAGUGGAGACAAUGCUUGCUGUUAACGCACCACAGCCAAGAAUUCUGAGCGAUGAACCGAAACUACCGACUUGUGAUUAUCGAGUGGAGGUGACUGGUGGGAAAGCGUCGGCUGGAGGUGUUGUCACAUCAUCACUAUCCGAAUCUUCGCAAGUGGCGAACGUCGGUGAUUCGGUAAUGCAUAUUUGGACAUGUUCUGGAGAUGCACCAAGUGAUGUGUAUUGUAUUCAAGUAUACAGCUGUACGGCCGAAGAUGGUGGAGCGGACACCGUGAAAGUGGUUGAUGAAAACGGAUGUACUACAGAUGGAGAACUUUUGUCUCCUAUCAAAUAUAAAGAAGGUUCGAUGAGAGCAGCUGCCAGUUCACAUGCUUUCAAAUUUGUGGACAAUCAUAUUGUAUAUUUCAAGUGUAAUAUAAGGAUCACUGUGAAAAAUCCCGCUGGCGAGUGUCCGAUCAACAACUGCUCUCCUGGUGGCUCAAACGGUUCGGUAUCCCGUAAAACACGUUCAUCCAACAUGUUCGAUCACCCUUUCAUUCUGUUCAACCGGAAGUCGAAAAUCAUCAACCAACAGCCGGAAAUUUUUGCAGAAUACAAUAUUUUAGCCAGAUAA